UGAAGAGCCUACUACGUGCACGAAAGAAAAGAAACAAGAAUGUGCCAGUAAAGGACAAGAGUGUGAUAACACGACAGGUACAGUGCAGUGCAUAGCUAAGCCCACUGAAGAGCCUACUACGUGCACGUAUGAAAAGAAACAAGAAUGCGCCAGUAAAGGACAAGUAUGCGAUGACACGACAGGUACAGUGCAGUGCACAGAUACCUGCCCACAGGAAAAGGUCACAGAGUGCGAGAAAAUUCCGUACAUGAAGUGCGAAGUUCUUGAACGAAAAUUUGAAUGUGUCUGCCGACAAGGACUGAAAAAAACGGGCGAUCGCCAGUGCAAGAUUGGCAGGAAGGUGACCGUUCGACUCACGAUUUCCGGUUUACGUCCGAAACGAGAAACUGUCAACAGCAGCACCAAACCUUGCGACAUGGACGAAACGGAACUUGUUAAGGCGCUGAAGGAGCAUGUGCCUAACGUUGAUAAAAGUACUAUUGUUUGCAAUGGUACAGAUGUUUCGUUUGAUGUUUUUGUACAAGACAAAGAAGAGGAAGCCAAAGUAUCAGACACCUUUAAUAAUUGCGACCAAGGUGGCAAAUCUGAUUGCAAGCUCGGCAAAUUGACCUUCAAAAGCGGAACGGUCAACCCUGCAAUGCAGUGUAACGACUUGAAGGCUGUUGCCGAGGACUUCGGCAUGAAAUGCAACGAGGAUGAAAAGAACGGUACCACGUUUUCCUGUGAUGGUGCUAAAACCCAGGCCAUAGGAUCGGCAACACUAGACGGGAUGCCCUUCGAGAUUUGCAAGCCACGACCAUGCAACGAGACCUGCCAAGGUGAUGAGCGAAAGCAUUGCGUACUCGAAUCGUGUGUCUGCAAGCCACAGUUCAAGCAUGACCUGGAAACUGGACAGUGCAAAAAUAUAUGCGAAGCCAUCCCGAACCUCUGCCAUCGAGAUGCCACGUGUGAACCCGGUGUAAACUACCAAAACUUCUACUGCAGGUGCCCUGAUAAGCGAACAGGACCACAGUGUCAACGUGAGAACAAGCCUUUGCAAUCUGCCCAGCUGAACAUUGUCAUCGUUGGUGUCGUCCUUUCAUCCUUGUUACUGAUGUGCUUCGUCGUCUCUGCAAGCAUCGUAUCGAGGUUGAAGAAGAAACUUGAAGGCCCCAACUUCAAGAAAGAUCCUGAACGAAAUCAGCCGCGUCAGCUUCGUGGCUACGACGGCCCGUACAGGGCUUCGGACCCAGCCUCCCUACGCCGAGAGAGGGACAACACGUCGCUAUGAGAGCACUCACUUUAUGUUUUUCAUUUUUUUCUUCUGCAAGUCCUUUUUUUUUCAACAUCUGUCAUCACUACGAUCGAUUACCGGUUGCUCAAUUGAGUGCUACAAGCGUGUUCCCCAGGACUUCGCUGUUUUCAUACCAACAAACACCCUCAUGAGCUGCAUGGCUAAGCCAUUUUAUGAUGCGAGCCUUGAAAGUCAUCACCAACUAUCGAAAUGACCUGCAUGGCUAAGCCAUAUGUAGCAAACGUAAUAACCACGAAUGUCCGAACUAGCACCAAUCAAUGACAGGCAACUAUUUUUUUUCUGGGCAGAAUCAUUGAUAGUAACAUGGACGUUGUUUUGUUUGUUUUUUUACUUGGAGGUUGUGUAUGUCGAGAAAGAAAAAAUAAAGGUGACUCAUUAUUUAA